AUGGAUAGAAUAAGACCCCUGGCGGAACUCCCUAAUGGGAAAAAAAUAUACAGCAUAUGUGGGCAGAAAUUUGAGGUUAACCAACCCUACUACCUAACGAAGCAUAUUGGGGUUGGGGCGUAUGGAAUUGUAUGUUCUGCUCAGGUGGUCAACACGACGGAGAAGGUGGCAAUUAAGAAAAUACCCCGUGCCCUGGACGACCUCCGGGAAGGCAAGCGAAUCCUGCGCGAGAUGGAGAUCAUGGCGACGCUGAAGCACUCCAACCUCAUCCGACUCCAUCACUUCAUUCGCCCGCAGUGCAAGGAAACGUUUGAGGAUAUCUACCUCGUCAUGGACCUCUACGACACCGACCUCCACCGCGUCAUCAAAAGCGGUCAGAAGCUUACAACGGAGCACCAUCAGUACUUCAUGGUCCAGGCCUUCCGUGGCCUGCAUUACCUCCACUCCGCCAAAAUCAUGCACCGAGACCUGAAGCCGAGUAACAUCUUAGUCAACGCGGAUUGUGCCUUGGUGAUCUGUGACUUCGGGCUCGCACGGGACGACCAGCUGAAUCCGUCCACGGACCUCACGCAGUACGUCGUGACACGGUGGUAUCGCCCACCGGAGGUGCUUGGGAUGGGGUCCACGCAGUACACCAACGCGGUGGAUGUGUGGAGCCUGGGGUUGAUCUUCGCGGAGCUCGUCGUCGGGCGGACGUUGUUGCCUGGGUCGGAUUAUAUUAAGCAGCUGAUGUUGAUUAUGAACCUGCUGGGGACGCCGUCGGUGGAGGAUAUGGAGUUCUUGAGCGCGGAGGCACGCACGUUCUUGACGUCGCAGCCGAAGCACUCCGCACGACCGUUCAAGGAGCUGUUUCCGAUGGCCACCCCCGAGGCGUGCGAUUUGCUGUCCAAGCUGCUGGUUUUCCACCCCGCAAAGCGCAUUAGCGCGAAGGAAGUGAUUGAGCAUCCAUACUUUGAGAAAUUUCGGGAUCCCGCACAGGAGGCGGGGGCUGAGCACCCAUUUGUGUCGAAGUACAAUCGCGAGUAUACUGCAGAGACGCUUCGCGAUGCGCUCUGGGAUUUAAUUGUGACGAAUUCCCCAGAGAUUGGCUGA